AUGUUUAUAAAAUCCACAGCUUGUGAAAAAUUUUGCCUCUUCUCGGAAAAGAUGAUCAAUUCAUCUUUGAAAAGUGUUAGCAUGGAUGCUCCAACAGUAGUGUUGUCUCGGAAUUGUCUGACAUUAAACCAUCAUCAUCAAAUCAUUCGGAAUCCAGAAUUGGUGCAAAAGAAAUCUUCUUUUUCAUCGCAAUGCCAAUUAAAAUUAUUUUCAUCCACAGGUCUACAUCAUCGUUGCUAUCAUGCUUCAAGUCUUCAUCGAAUGCAAUCCUCACAGGACCAAACACAAGAAAUAUUUCCAAAUUUGACAAAUUUUCUGAAAAUGGGCUCGUCUGACUUUUUUGAAGUGUUAAAAUCUAUUGAUUUUCAUAAGAAUGAAAAACAACGACCUACUUUUCAUGAAUACAAUAAUUAUGUUCACAAUAAUAACGGUGGAGUAAAGCUCAAAUUAUCAAGAAGACCUGACCCUACCGCUCGUUCUUCAGCUGUGAUGGUUUUGUUUUUCAAAAGAGGCGAAAAAGGAGAACCUUAUUUGGUGCUGCUGCAAAAAACAUCUGCAAAAAAGAAUACAAAUUAUCAGCAUGCAGGUCAAAUUAGUUUUCCAGGUGGAGUGUUUGACCCACAAGUAGAUCAAAGCUUAUUGGAAACAGCAAUCAGAGAAACUAACGAAGAAAUUGGGAAACAAAAUAUUCAAGUGUUGAACGAGUCACUUCCAACGACCAUGACAGGAGCACGAAAUUUUAAUGUCAAACCCUUUAUUGGUCGACUGAUCAACAGCAGCAGCACCACCAUCGGCGAUGAUGAAGAGGAAAAUGGUGAAAAUUUUCAUUAUAUUCUCCAAACUGAAGAGAUUGCUCAUUUAUUUGAAGUGAAAGUUUUAGAUUUGAUUCAAAAUUCAAGAUUUGAACCUCUUGGGAAAACCAUUAUUAAUUCUUCAUUUACACAUUAUGGACCAGUAUUUCAUUUGAACAAUCUUCGCUCUGUGACUCGAAAUGAAAUGGUUCCAUAUGCAAACAUGUGGGGAUUCACUGCGACGAUUGUUGCUGAAAUUCUUGAUGCCAUGGAAGAGGCAGUUGCACCAUUAUCGAAUGAAUGA